AUGUGUAAAGGAUCAAUCGCACCAACUCAUUCAACAUAUGAAACAGUUCAGAAGAAAUGUAUAUUAUUUGGAGGAGUUACUGGAUAUAUUGGUGGAAUAUGUGAAAUUCCAAAUGAAAUAUAUGAUGUAUUGAUUAAAGUUCAAAACCAAAUUUUACUCCAAAUGAAAGGCAUUGUUGAAUGUACAACACCUGAUAACUGGAAAAAAGUUAUUGAUGAUUGGAAACGAAUGCCUUCAAGUAAUAUUAUUGAUGGAAGUAUCGUUGAAAGUUAUUUGGAAAUGUCUAAAGAAAAACAAUGUGAAAUUGCACAUCUAAGUGGAGUUAAUGAAGAACAAAUAAGUGAUAUCAUAGAAAAUAUGAUUAGUUUAUUCCAUUAA